UCCCGUUACCCCCAUUCUUUAAAUUCGAAUACUUACGCCUCCGCCGCCGAUCUACGUCUCAAUGCGGUUCCCUGGUCCAAUCCCUCUCUUCCUCCUGCAAGACCAAAAAAAUUCGGAGCCUUAGAGAUCAGAGAAGAAGAAGAAGAAAGAAGAAGAAUCUGAAGCUAGUCCAGGUCGCGAUGCCGGAGGCAAGGGACUGGGUGGUGCGGGGAGCAGGGGUGGGGACGAGGGAGCUCGCCGGUGGCUUCUUCAUCCAGAGGGGAAUGUCACCGAUACCGGCGGCGAGGUCGGGACGGGUCCCCAGCCGCAGGGUGGCGGACGGCGAGGAGAACAUCCCGUCGUGGGCCGUGACGCGGAGUAGGAAGAGCCCGCUGCCGGUGUGGCAUCCUCGGACGCCUCUUCGGGACAUCACCGUCAUCGUUAGCGCCCUGGGGAGGAGAAGAAUCCAUUUGCGAGCACCUCAGGUUCAACAGAGGGACCACGACCGUGAAGCUACUCCAGAACCCACACUUCCCACAAAUCCCUUGCCGCUGGAACCAAGCAUUUCUGAACCGACUCCACAGGAACCGAAUGCUUCUGAAGACACUCCGGUCAACGAAUUCCUCCCAUCUGAUCCUUCUGAACCCUCAACUUCCGCGGUCACGAGUUUUACCCCUCCUCAAACUGAGCAUCCACUGUCGACAUCUUCCUCCAGUUCCCCUACUCCAGUUGAGCACCCUCCUCUGACCGUAUCUAUUACUACCAAUCUUGCAUCCAAUGAUUUGAACCCUACUGAGUAUGAGACGAACCCAUCGAGCUCAAGUGAGCAUCCACUGCAGAGCUCUUCUUCUUCCGGUUCCCUUUUUCCAGCAGGCCACCCACCGCAGACCGUAUGUGUAUCCACCAAUCUGGCACCCGAUGUUUCGAAGCCUAGUGGGUAUGAGAAGCAGCAGACAAGGCCAAUUGAGCAUCCAUCGCAGACGUCUCCCUCUCCCGGUUCCCUUUCCUCAGAUGAGCAUCCAUUGCAGACUGUAUGUGUCUCUAUCGAUCAUGCACACCUAGAUUCAAAACAAACUGAAUACGAGAAGAAGCUGUUGAGCUCCAUUGAUGAGAUCGAAAGGGUCGUGAUGAAAAAUCUGAAGAGGACUCCGAAGGUGCCAGCCAGGAAGGUGACACGCAAGAGCACUCUUAUGUCACUGCGAUAAUAAGUGAAACAAUUCGUUUCACCAAUUGAAGUGGAGAAAAUUUUGGAUGAGGUUCAUCGUCUGAUGAGAUCCUUUUUCUGCCCUAUCUGCUGAGAAGUCAGUAAUUUUGCUGCCUUUUUCGCUAUUUUAGCACCACACCUACAUAGCUUCAUUUGGUUUGGGGAUUCUGCUGCUGGUUUUUCCUCCGUUAUCCAAGUUUCUGCUGGGACUUUGGUUCAGGUUUGAGUUCGUUCUGACCUUUGUACAUGUAGGGCUGUUCUCCAGUUCCGCAACGAGAGAAAGACCUCCCCGUUUCUGUUGUCGUUCCUCUUUGUUUUCGGUUUCUGUUGCUGAUGCAGUGGGGAUUAGGUACUGUAUCUAACCUCUUAGGGCCAUUCUAGGUUUGUUGCUUGAGAUGGACCUUCCAUAAUAAGCUUUGUAUCUUUCCCCAAGGCUACAAAAGAAAAUGAUACACUUUUGAUGAA